UCGCUUCAGCGUGAUGACGUCAGCACUGACGCGUUCAUCCAGCGUCGAGUCUUCAGAGCUGAGUUAAGCUGUGAAUACUGGAAUAUCCCCAUCAAUCCAUCCAUCAGGAAGAUUUUUAGAGUUUAUUGAAGGACAGUGAGAAGAUGAGUGAUCCAGAACCCUGCAGAAUUAAACAGGAAGACACUGAAGAACUAAUAGAUGUGAUGGGAGCAGUGAAGAGUGAAGAACUGAGUGAAGAUGAGGAGAAACAUCAGGUCAAAAGUGAAAGAAAAAAUCAGCCAAAUAUGGAACGCAGUUUUUUAGUGAAUACAACAGCCGUAAAAGGUUUCACCUGCACUCAGUGUGGAAAGAGUUUCGGGCGUAAACAUGAUCUCAAUCGUCACAUGAGGAUCCACACUGGAGAGAGACCUUACAAGUGUUCACACUGCGACAAGAGAUUCAAUGAGCCAGGAUACCUGAAAGCACACGAGAGGAUUCACACUGGAGAGAAAACACACACAUGUGAUCAAUGCGGCAAAAUAUUUUUGAGGUCUUCCGAUCUGAAGACCCAUCUCAUAGUUCAUAAAAAUGAGAAGCCUUAUUCAUGCUCUGAGUGUGGAAAGAGUUUUAGACAUAAACUUUAUUUAAAAGUACAUCAGAAGGUCCACACUGGUGUGAGAGACUUUGUGUGCUUAGAGUGUGGGAAGAGUUUUACUAGCUCUGGAAACUUGAAACAACACCAGAUGAUGCACACUGGAGAGAAACCGUACAAGUGUUCACACUGCGACCAGGGAUUUGCUUGGCCACAAUCACUGAGAAGACAUGAGAGAAUUCACACUGGAGAGAAACCGUGCGCAUGUACUCAGUGUGGGAAGAGUUUUAUUAGAGCUGGAGACUUGAAACAACACCAGAGGACUCACACUGAAGAGAAACCGUACCAGUGUUCACACUGCGACAAGAGAUUCAGUCUGUUACAAUACCUGAAACGACACCAGAGGAUUCACUCUGGAGAGAUACUGUACACGUAUUCAGUGUCUUAAAUACACACAUGAGGAUUUACUGUGGAGAGAAAACACACAAAUGUGAUCAGGGCCAGAGUGGGACUCCUUUUCAGCCCUUAGACCGGCCCACCUCAGUUCAUGAUUGACUAUAUUAAAAUAAGGUCAUUUCUAAUUCAGUUUCUAAUGACACGAUCAUGUCUUUUUUCAAGGAAACAGCUGCUUUAGAACUUCAAAUGUUUUUCAUCAAUAUGAGAACAUUGAAGAAUAGCUAAAUCUCCAGCACUACUCUUUAAAACAUCACAAUGUCUUUUCCUGCAAUAUCUGAAUGUAUAUUCUGUGCAAAAUUCUUUAUAGAUGUCCAGUCAUUUGUAACGGUGGUCACACAAAAAAUAAAAAUAAAAUAUGUACACCUA